GAUGUCUGUGUGUGAGUCCAGUUUUCAAUUGGUAACUGUAGAAAUAACGAGCUCUAAUACCGUUAUAUGUCUUAAUGAAUUAAAGCCUCAAAGCAAUACAUACAACAUGAAGUUGCAGUAGAAUCACGUGACUACUUUAUGUAUUUUAUUUAUAGACAAUAUUUGCUAGAUACACUGUGUAUGCAGUAUACAUAUGUAUAGUGUUUUAUGUGUUUGCAUGAUUGUGUUUCAGCAAUCAACUGACCCAUUACACAACCGGUACAUAUCAUGUAACUCAUAUUGCUAACGUGCGUUAGAUAUCUGCAUCCCACUUGCACCACGUGACCACACAAUAUAACACGUGACUUAUUGACCACUUUACAUACCCUACAACUAACAGUACUGCAGCAGGACGUGUCUGCAAGCUCACACACAGUCGUCUCAAUGGUAAGAAAGUCACUCUAUCACACAACAAUCUGCAUGUCUAUUAAAAUAAGUGACGUAGACGUCUCUUUUCAGGCUGUAAUGGGCAUCCAGUUGGUGAUCACACUCAUUGUAGCAACACUGUUGCACAAAGUCAUUCCAUACAUCUCGCCUGCGCAGUUUAGUAUUAGAGGUUUGAAGAGGUAUAAGGAGCCGUCUACUGAUCUGUUGUGGAGGUAUCGAGUGGGGCAGGUGGUGAGUAGCAAGAAGGGAAAGGAUAAGAGGAAGGUGCAGGAUCCUGCAGGUGUCAUUCUCAACGACGUCAUGUUCAGCGUUCCACGUGACAACGACAUUGAAUUAGAAACCGAAAAGAUCCAAUGCAGUGACCUCUACAACAUCCAUUUCUGUGACAAUUACGAGUGGAUCGUCAACUUCGGUUUGAGUUCGCUUGCCGUUUACGUAUUGACUCAAAUAUACUUUAUGUGCUGGCCGGAAAUGGAGUCACAAGAGAUGAAUCUUAGCAUCAUAUGGCUGCUGGUUGCGUUUUUUAAUUCUAUGUAUAUUUUUUACCUGUUCAACAUGGCACUUUUUCGCGGUUCCGGAGGAGCACAUGGAGAGCAAUCAUUGAUGAUUCUCUGCGGUUGUUGUUUCUUUGUCAUUGCAAUGGCCGUCAUGCUGUUGGACGAUGGAAUAUUGGAGCUUGGCAUCGACAAAGCGUUUGACAACAUUACGGCAAAAGCGACUGUCUUUAAGCAGAAGACGAGCAUUACAACAGGGGAAUGGCAAGGGGCAUUGACUGUGUGGAAGCUGAUCUUGGGUGCGCUGUGUGGGCUGGUGGCAUCAUUUCUUACGUUUCCCAGUUUUCGGAUGGCGAGAUUGCAUCUUGACUCACUUAAACAGACGAGCAGCAAGUUGAUAUCUAUUUUGUGCAACAUAAAUUUUUUUGCUCCGUUGUUUUUGUCAAUCAUGUGGGUCAAACCUUUGGCAAGAGACUCUUUUGUCAGUGAAACAUCUUCAGAUAGCAAGUUGACAGACGAGCUGUUUGAUGUUUUUCGUUUGGGUGCCAUCUUUUGCUUCUGCCUUUUCCGUAUCGCUCUACUUCGUCUGCAUCUGCAGACACAUUUAGCUCUUGCAGAAGAACGAUUUAUUCAAUCAAAACGAGAACCAGGAAGGAUAAUGGCCGUUGAGCUGCAGACAAUGAUUCAGAGAGUGUCUUUGUACUUGGUCGGCGUGGCUUUGCAGUACCUCGUGCCAGUUAUUGUUCUUAUGUCGUUGGCACUUCUUGCUCAUUCGUUUGGAAGCUACAGUUUCUCUCAAGGUCAUCACCUUCUCUUACUACACAACAGCACUGCAUCAGUCAGUCGUUACAAGUGGGGUGUGAAUGCUGAAGACGAGGCAGUUCAACAGCUUGGCUUUGUCAUCUCACAAUUAGCUGAAGUUAUUGACACUCCCGUCUUUUGGGAAAAACAUGUGAUGUUUGGCUGCUGGUGGAUGGUCACCGUAUGGUUUGGAUUAUCUUCGUUGGGAAUUAUGUAUUACAGAUGUGCAGCCGUGUAGUGAAGGGGAGAGGUGGAAAUAGUGUAUUGAAAGUGUGAAAUAGAAAUUUAAUUAGAGCUGAUUCUAUGAGUUAUGUGAUGUGGUAUACACGAAAUGAUCAUGAGUUGAUGGUUUUAGGAACUAACUUUGUUGCUGUUGGUUUGUAUGGACUGCAGCGUGUUGUAAAAGUAUUGGUUGCGUGCUCCAUUUUUCUUGCUAAUUCCUUUU